UGCUGAAUCAAGCCGACAUUUUCAUUCGACGCUGCAUCUCGAAUCCAUUCGUCCACGAUACUUUCAAAAGCGCUUAUAGUUAUGGGCACAUGCGAUGGCAAGGCGCUUACUAAACAUGUGGUGCUGGCGAAAUUGAGUGGUGGUACGUUGUUCUGUGGAGCCAUUGUUGUGGUUUGGAGCUUAAAACAAAUAAUACGAGUAUUGUUUCCGUUUGUAAUCGAGCUUGUGACCCCUCCGCGCUCUCCCUAAGCUUGACGAAUCGAUGACGUGAUUGAUGAUAUGUUGAUGCUUUGAGCAGAGCUUCAAGAUCCGUGAUAACAUUCUUUGACAAUGGCAAUUCCAAACUGAACCCAACAUGGAUCCAGAAACACCCACUCGUGUUUCCAGCGUGGAUGUUAUUACAAAACCUGUAACAAAUGCUCACGAUCCCGUUGUUGAUCCUAUCCAAGAUCUGACUGCUACAAACGAAAAAGAAGAGGCCGUUCGGGAGUUUAUGGAAACUGAGAAACUUGAACCGUUUGACACUGACAACCCUUACGCAGCACCUGCAGAUGUGGAAAAUGUGGAUGCAACUGACCAAGUUGCUCCGCAUGAUGUGGAGAAAGCUUAUCUGGAAGAGCGAGCGGUUCUCGACGCCUCUCUCCCGGGCUAGGCAACAUUAGGAAAAAUCCUCAGUGCAGAUGAUUCUGUAUCCAAAUCCCCCUCACCCAGUCUUCGAGGAUCUAAGGAACGAGUGCGGUAUCAGGAAAAACGAGUGCUUCUCGAUGAGCAUGCGCAAAAGCAGGUGAAAAGUGGGCCCACACCGUUGCCUCUCGUCGUUUCCACCGAAAGUGCAAGAACGACAGACAGUAUCCAUUUGGUUAGAUGGUGGCUUUAUUUGGCGGAGGUUUUUGGUCGUUGGGGUGAUCGAAUGUGGAAAUUUACGGCGGCGCUGUUUUUGUUGGAACUUUUCCCCGGAUCUAUGCUGCUUCCGGCAAUACAUGGAUUUGUCACAGGAUCAUGUGUUAUAUUAUUUGGAUCAUCCAUUGGAGAGUGGGUGGAUGCGACAGCUCGGUUAAGAGCGGUGCGGACUGCUCUGUUCAUUCAGAAUACGAGUACAUGUGUAGCUUGUGGAUCGUUGAUACUAACGUUUGCCUUUCUGUAUCGUGAGGAGAUGAGCAGUGAUGGGCGAAUAUUUUGCGUGGUUGACUUUCUGGUGUUUGCUGUGAUUGUGCAAGUGUGGGAAUGAACAUAAUUAUCGAAAAAGACUGGGUGGUGGUAAUCGCGGGUGGCAACAAGAAGGGACUAGCAGAUUUGAAUGCUACAAUUCGUCGAAUUGAUUUAACUUGUCAGAUUCUCUCUCCCAUCAUUAUCGCCCAAAUCAUGACGUUUAGCGAGCAUUAUGUCGGCACGAUUGUGGUAUCUGUUUGGAAUGUGUGCUCCAUGAUUAUUGAAUAUGCAAUUUUAAUGAAAAAUUAUCGAAGAGUGCCUCGUCUAUCAUUCAAGCCUUUACCAUCUCCCAGCGAAAAGGUGAAGAAGUACCUAUCACGAAAAUUGUUUAAGUCUUGUUUUGCAAUUCACGACGGGUGGAAGACGUACUUCCGAACGCGAGUAUGGCCGGCUGGAGUCGGAUUAGCUUUCCUUUAUAUGACUGUACUGGCUUUCGGUGGAGUAACCAACACCUACAUUCGGACACAGGGCUUAUCGGAAUCUGUGAUUUCGGUGAUGAUUGCACUCGGGGCAGCUGUAGGAAUUGCCGGCACUUUUGCAUUUCCCACGAUGUGGGCCAAGUUCGGACUUGAACGAACAGGAUUACUUGCGCUCGGUGCUCAGCUGAUUUGCCUAAUGUUUUGUGUUUUAUCUGUAUGGUUACCCGGCAGCCCGUUUGACCCUUACUUUUAUUCGAAAAGUAGCAACGAAACGGUGCUUCAACGAGCUGAAGGUAAUCGUAAUGCUACCGGAAUCGAUGAAAAGAAAUGGUUCACUAAAUCAUCAGAUGAACUUCCUUCCGUUGUUGUAUUCCUGUUCGGAAUGAUUGCGGCACGUUUCGGUUUAUGGAUGGCUGAUCUUACCAUUACACAGCUCAUACAAGAAAAUGUUCCUGAGAAGGAGAGGGGAAUUAUUGGCGGUGUGCAGAGCUCCUUUAACCGGUUCAUGGACAUGUUAAAAUUCGUUUUAGUGAUCUGUCUGCCAAAUCCCCAAACAUUUGGCUUUUUGGUCAUUACUUCCUUCGCAUUUGUUGCGACUGGCCAUAUUUUCUACGCAUAUUUUGCUGUCAGAUCUGGUCGACAAGCUCGGUUGCGCUCGGUACCGGUUGUUGUGGUCACUCGCGAUAACCAGCAAUCUCCACCCCUCCUACCAAAGAGUGCCCCUCAAAGCGCCUGAUCUCCUUUUUUGUUGGUUCUUGUGUAUUGUACGGUUAUUGUUGCAGUAUUGCCUUUGCAAUGUGACCCUUUUUAGAUUGAAUAGCUUUUAAGAGUUCUUCGUACAUUAUCGGUUUCUGUGAUUCUUUUCCGCGUGAAUAUAUGAGUGCAGUUAUUUUGUUAGUUUAUUUUACUGUAUGACAGCUUGUGCUGAUUUUGAGGUUACAUAGAUGGAACUA